AUGGCUUCAGUUCCUCACUAUUUCCUGCUAGUUCUGGUCUUUCUGGAUUCACAUGCGGCUCAGCCAUCCUGUCUGCCAGGAUGUGCCUGCUCAGAGGAGAGUUUUGGGAGGACUCUGAAGUGCAUAUCUAUCUCUUUGGGAGAGAUCCCAAGGAACCUUCCUGAAGAGUUCAAGCAAGUGAGAAUUGAAAACUCACCCGUAUUUGAACUGCCCCGAGGGUUUUUCAUCAACAUGAGCACUUUGGAGUACCUUUGGCUCAAUUUUAACAAUGUCACUGUGAUCCACCUAGGAGCCCUGGAGCACCUGUCAGAACUGAAAGAGCUGAGACUGGAGGGAAACAAACUCCGUUCAGUACCAUGGACAGCGUUCCGUGCCACCCCGCUCCUGAGGGUCUUGGACCUCAAACACAACAGGAUUGAUGCACUCCCUGAACUAGCUCUUCAGUUCUUGGUCAACCUGACCUACCUUGACCUAUCUUCCAAUAGACUGACAGUUGUAUCCAGUAAUGUCUUCUUGAACUGGCCAGCCUACCAGAAACACCGGCAGUCUGGCCGUGAGGCUGAGAUUCUCUCCAGCAUGGUGCUGGCGCUUCACGACAACCCCUGGUUAUGUGAUUGUCGCCUAAGGGGACUUGUCCAGUUUAUCAAGUCCAUCAGCCUUCCAGUCAUCCUGGUGAAUCCCUAUCUCAUGUGCCGAGGUCCUCUCUUCAAAGCAGGGCAACUUUUUCACGAAACGGAGCUCAGUGUUUGCACGAAGCCUCAGAUCUCAACCCCCAGUGCCAAUGUCAGCGUCCAGGUGGGACAGAAUGUGACACUGCGAUGCUUGGCACAGGCUAGCCCCUCACCAACUAUUUCCUGGACUUAUCCUCUGAGCACAUGGAGGGAAUUUGAUGUGUUGACCUCGUUUACUGCAGAAGAUGCUACUCUGUCUGAGCUGGUCAUACCUGCUGCCCACCUGGUGGACAGAGGCAAUUAUACCUGCCUGGCCUCCAACUCCCUUGGCCUGAGUACCGUGGUCAUCUCGCUCCGCGUCCAGCCCGCCCAGGCCCUGCUGGCACCCCAUGCUCUUUCCUCCCCUUCGGAGAGCAGUGCCUAUGUUGACCUGCGGGUGGUCAAGCAGACCGUGCACGGGAUCGGGCUGGAGUGGUUUGCGGCGGCGGACACUCCGGAGAAGUGGUUCACGCUCUAUAUCGCGUCGGACGAAGCCCUCAGGAAGGAGGUGGUCCACGUCGGCCCGGGAAUCAACACGUACACCGUGGACGAUCUCCUCCCUGGCACAAAAUACGAGGUUUGCCUUAGCCUGGGGGGCCAGCCCCCACGCCAGGGCCGGUGUGUGGUCUUUGUGACCGGCCGGGACGACGGCGGGCUGGAGGGACGAGAGAGCCUGCUGCACACCUCGGUGGUCCUGUGCGCGGCGCUGCUGGCGGUGGCUGUGGGCGCCUACGCCUGGGCGGCCCAGGGCGCCUGCCGCUGCCGCGGGUGGGGCCGGCGCCGGCGUCUGCACCGCAGGAGAGCGCCCAGGGGCCCCCUGGCGGUCCCGGAGCACAGGGACGACUCCUCCCGAGACCACACCGCCGUCUGUGAGGCCGGCCUGGGGCCCGGAGGUGAUGAGCGGGAGGGGGACGAGCAGAGACCCCGAGGGGGAGAUGACCACGGGGGAGGGCUGGUGUGGACCGCCAGCCCUUAA